AUGACAGAUGGUAAUGCCUGGAUACCAUUAUUAAGAAAAUUAGUGGUAUUCAAGUUCUUAUUUUAUAUUGUCAGUCUAGAAGCGAUCAAUCUUGAUUCAUUUCGAACUCAAUUCUGGAUCGAAGAGAAAAAAUGGUAUGUUACCUAUGAUCGAUGGGACGAUUGUAAUUCAUCACUUCUCUAUACAAACCCAUACUGUGGUAAACAUUGGAUUCGAUCUUCAUAUGCAACGGCGAGACUUGUAACAGAAUCAACUGGAUUAGAACCUACAACAUUUCCACAUGUCAACUAUCUCUCUAUAAACAAUAUAUCAGAAAUAGACGAUGUACUUUGGACUCAAUUUACACGUCUUAAUCACUUAGUUAUUGAACAAAAUCUAAAUACUGUAUUCGAAUACAUUGCUACACGUCUUGAUUUAUCGCAUUUAACUAGUUUUUCUUGUAAUCGAGCGGAUAUUGAAAUACCAAUCAAUGACUUUGUAAGAAUACUUCAUAGUUUACCACAACUACGCUCACUCAGCUUACCUAUAUCGAUUCUUCUCUUCCUUUUUGAUCGUAAAUGGCCUAGAAUUGUCGACCUCAAUAUAAUGAGUCCGUAUCCAUUUCCAUUUGUGCCAUUAAUAUCCAUCCAGAUUGAUUCACUCUGGCAUUCGUUUAAUCGUUUGGAAACAAUGACAUUUUGUCGUGAAACUUUUCAAGAUGUGGCACGAUUAUUCGAUAACAGAGCAAUUACACUAUCAACUGUAAUGAUUCGUCACUCUGAUCAUUUGGCUGAUUAUGAUCCUCGAUUGAUCACAUAUGAAUGGCUUGAUAAGAACACAAAAUUACGUCAAUUUGAUUAUUUUUGUAACGAUGCACAUAUUGUUUUCAUGUGGAUCUAG